CGGGGCCUCUGGAAGAAGCCGAAUCCCCGCCUCUGAGGGGCCGCGGCCGCGAUGGCGAUUUUUAGUGUGUACGUGGUGAACAAAGCUGGCGGCCUCAUCUACCAGCUGGACAGCUACGCGCCACGGGCCGAGGCUGAGAAAACUUUCAGUUACCCUCUUGAUCUGCUGCUCAAGCUGCACGACGAGCGUGUGCUGGUAGCAUUCGGCCAGCGCGACGGCAUCCGGGUGGGGCACGCAGUGCUGGCCAUCAAUGGCGUGGACGUGAACGGCAAGUACACGGCCGAUGGGAAAGAGGUGCUGGAAUACCUGGGCAACCCUGCUAAUUACCCGGUGUCCAUUCGGUUCGGCCGACCCCGCCUCACCUCCAAUGAGAAGCUCAUGCUGGCCUCCAUGUUCCAUUCGCUGUUCGCCAUCGGUUCCCAGCUGUCUCCAGAACAGGGCAGCUCAGGCAUUGAGAUGCUGGAGACCGACACGUUCAAACUGCACUGUUUCCAGACCCUGACAGGGAUCAAGUUUGUGGUGCUGGCGGAUCCCAGACAAGCUGGAAUAGACUCUCUUCUCCGAAAGAUAUACGAGAUUUACUCAGACUUUGCCCUCAAGAAUCCGUUCUACUCGCUGGAAAUGCCGAUCAGGUGUGAGCUGUUUGACCAGAACCUGAAGUUAGCCCUGGAGGUGGCAGAGAAGGCUGGAACUUUCGGACCUGGGUCAUAGGCUGGGCCUGCAAUGGAUUCCCCGGAUCUUGAGAUCUGCAGCAAGGCGUAUGCUGUGUCCACUCCGCCGGAGAUCCCACAGCCUCGAUCGUGCACUUGACAGUGGC